AUGUCGAAUAAUAUUGAUGAUGACCCUAAUCAAAUCUCAAUAUCUGAAGAUGAAUCAUCGCAAGACGAGAUAUUCUUGUCUGCUGACAACAAAGAAUCAAAAACAUCUAAAGUUGAAUCGAAAAUGUUGAAUAAAAAAGAUGAAGAUGAGCCUAAUCAAAUCUUAAUAUCUGAAGACGAAUCAUCGCAAGACGAGAUAUUCUUGUCUGCUGACAACAAAGAAUCAAAAACAUCUAAAGUUGAAUCGAAAAUGUUGAAUAAAAAAGAUGAAGAUGAGCCUAAUCAAAUCUUAAUAUCUGAAGACGAAUCAACGCAAGACGAGAUAUUCUUGUCUGCUGGCAACAAAGAAUCAAAAACAUCUAAAGUUGAAUCGAAAAUGUUGAAUAAAAAAGAUGAAGAUGAGCCUAAUCAAAUCUUAAUAUCUGAAGACGAAUCAACGCAAGACGAGAUAUUCUUGUCUGCUGGCAACAAAGAAUCAAAAACAUCUAAAGUUGAAUCAAAAAUGUUGAAUAAAAAAGAUGAAAAUGAACCUAAUAAAAUCUUAAUAUCUGAAGACGAUUCACUCCAAGAAGAGAUAUUUUUGUUAGGUAAUAAUAGAGAAUCAAAAAUACAUGAAGAUGAAUCCAAUGAGAAAUCAAAAAAUUCAACAAAAGCACCGUUAAUUCAAGAUGAAGCUAAUAAGAGUGAUUCAGAUUUGCUGAUAUUCAAAUCUUCUGGCACUAAAACACUCCAGGAGAAGUCUAAUAAAAUAUUAAUAACAAAAAAUUUAACCGGCGAGUCACAGGAAAUUAAUGAUAAUACUUCGUUGAAUUUUCAAGAAUUAUCUGGCUCGGAAGAAACCUACUAUUCAACUCCAUCACCAAAAGAAAUCGAAGUAGAAAAAACAUUCGAAGAUCAGAUGGUUUUAAUAAACCCCACUAGUAAUUACCCCAUUGCACAAGAUGAAAAUACAUUAUUUGUGCCACUACUAUCGAGCUCCCAAAAAAUAGGAGUUGUUUGUGAAGGUACUCAGACUGAAUCACCAUAUUUGAAUCUAAGUGAAGGUUUUGGAAGUUUAGUUAUCAACUUUACGCCUGAAAUUGAAACUAAUAACUGUAACGAAUCAAAUUCGCAGGAAAAUCUACAAAAGAAAAAUGUUGAAGAUAAAAAUACAGAUAAACAUAAGUUAUUAGUCGAUAACUUAGAAGCUGGCGAAGGUACUCAUACUGAAGUCAACUUUAAUUCACCAGAAUUUGAAACUAAUGAUUGUAAAAAAUUAAAUUCGCACGAAAAUCAACAAAAGAAAAAGGUCAAAGAAAAUGUUUUUAAUACCUCUUUAGAGGAAGGAGAAGAUUUAAAUUAUUUCCCAAUUAAACGUCGAAAAACAAAUACUACACCGAAAAAAAAUAAAAAUGAAAAAACAAUUGAAGUUAUUGGAGAAAAAACUGUGAUAAAUUUAGAAGCAACACAAUCAAAAAAUACAAAAUUAGUUCGAGAGGAAAGUACAAAUUCGAAUAAUAUGGAUAGAAAUCAGUCGAAAAAUAAAGAAGCAAAAACAGCUGAAGUUAUUGAAGAAAAAACUCGGAUAAAUUUAGAACCAACGGAAUCAAAAAAUACAAAUAUAGUUCGGGAAGAAAGAACAAAUUCGAAUAAUUUGGAUAGAAAUCAGCCGAAAAAUAAAGAAGCAAAAACAGCUGAAGUUAUUGAAGAAAAAACUCGGAUAAAUUUAGAACCAACGCAAUCAAAAAAUACAAAAUUAGUCCGAGAGGAAAGUACAAAUUCGAAUAAUAUGGAUAGAAAUCAGUCGAAAAAUAAAGAAGCAAAAACAGCUGAAGUUAUUGAAGAAAAAACUCGGAUAAAUUUAGAACCAACGCAAUCAAAAAAUACAAAAUUAGUUCGAGAGGAAAGUACAAAUUCGAACAAUUUGGAUAGAAAUCAGCCGAAAAAUAAAGAAGCAACAACAAAUAAAGUCCUUGAAGAAGAAAAUGUAGUACAUUUACAACAAAUACAAUUGAAAAAUACAAAAUUAGUCCGAAAAGAGAGUACAAAUGCGACAAAUUUGGGUCGAAAUCUAUCGGAAGAUACACAUGAGUCAAAUUUGGGGCAAACAAAAGUUAAAAAAUUAUCAGAAAAUAUUCAGGAGACGAACUCGGAACAAACUCGAACCAAAAAUAGAAAGAGAUCUUUUGAACAGACUGAAAAUUCUUGUGAGCCUUAUUUUAAGAAACAACUAACAGAAAAGUCGAGGAUUAUUAUAAAAUUUAAUCAGGAAUCAGCAAGUGGUUUGAAGGAAAUUCACUAUAAUUUGAACAAGGGUGAUAUUAUCGAGCUUAAAUCACUAACACAAGAAGCUUCAGCUAGUACAAGUGCAUUAAAUAAUGACUUUAACGUGAUCCAAAUCCAAAAGACUAUUAACAAUAUCGAAAAUCAAUUGAACAAUUUCGAUGAAAACGUAAUGCAGGGCCCAAGUGGAGAAAAUCCAAACGAGUUUGAAUAUCGACGUUUAAAGUUCAAAUGCUUAGCUUGUCGACAUUUGUGCGUACACGAGAUCAAAAAACGUAUUGGGAAAUCUAAGCAUAUAGUUGUCUGUUCUAGUGAAUGCAGGAACUUGAUAAGAUUUAACCAAGAAAAUGAAUUAGAAUCAAUUUCUAGAGUUACAAAUUGA